CUGAGCAAUAGCGGAGAAGAUAAAUUCGGAUUGGAGUCGAGCUGUGUAAGAUUCAGACAACUAUGGCUUCUUACUGGAGCUAUGGAUUCUCCGUCUCAGAUGCUGCGAUUCCCUCUACUAGCAGAGCCUUCAUCUCCAAUCCACAGCCAUGUCGUCUACGGCUCCCUGCAUUUCGAAAGCCCCAUACCAAAGCGAACAGAAUCAGAACUUCCUUCUCUGCAUUGCCUUUCGACCUCUCCCCUCCUCCGAUCGACGAGGACCUUCUUGAGGCUGCGACUACUGAAGGUGCGAGGAUUUCUGAUGAUGGGAUUAUUGAAACUUUUCAUAAUGAUGAUGAAGCGCUGGAUGCAGCCAAUAAUGGGGUUGCAGUUGUGGAUCUCUCUCAUUUUGGCCGAAUAAGAGUUAGUGGAGAAGAUCGUUAUCAGUUUCUUCAGAACCAAAGCACAGCUAAUUUUGAAAGUCUCUGUCAAGGACAAGGAUGCAGUACUGUGUUCGUUACGCCCACUGCUCGGACAAUUGAUAUUGCACAAGCAUGGAUCAUGAAAAAUGCCAUCACAUUAAUUGUUUCGCCAGUGACCCGUGAAAGCAUAAUUCAGAUGCUCAACAAGUACAUAUUUUUGGCGGACAAAGUAGAGAUUCAAGAUAUUACCAAGCAAACAUCAUUGUUGGUGUUGGUGGGACCUAAAAGUAACCAAAUCAUGGAGGCUUUGAACCUUGGUAGUAUAGCUGGAGAACCAUAUGGAACACAUCAGCACUUUAGCGUUAAUGGUAUGCCAAUUACCGUUGGGGCGGGAAAUAUCAUUUCUGAAGAAGGUUUUUCACUGUUGAUAUCACCUGCUGUGUCUGGACCAGUAUGGAAAACUCUAGUUUCUCUAGGCGCUGUUCCAAUGGGCUCAGACGCAUGGGAAAAACUGAGGAUAUUUCAAGGUAUGCCAGCUCCUCAGAAAGAGCUUACUGACGAGUUCAAUGUACUCGAAGCUGGUCUUUGGAAUUCAAUUUCUCUCAACAAGGGUUGUUACAAGGGACAAGAGACCAUAUCUAGACUAAUUACAUAUGAUGGAGUAAAACAGAGAUUAUGGGGACUUCAACUAUCAGAUUCAGUGGAACCUGGCAGCCCAAUAACUAUUGAUGGGAAAAAGGUGGGAAAGCUGACAAGCUAUACACCAGGAAGAAAAGGGUUGGAGCAUUUCGGUCUUGGCUACAUCAAGAAGCGAGCUGCUUCCAGUGGAGACACAGUAAUUGUUGGAGAAAACACCAUUGGUAGGGUCGUUGAAGUUCCCUUUUUGGCUCGACAACCGCCACUGUCCAACAGCCCAAGUAACCUGCCUCGAAGCAGUGUACAAUAAUUAUUGCUAGUUCUCUGUUCUUGAUCCAAUGCUCUAUGUUUCUUUAAUGAUGUUUAGAUACAGAUACUUAAGACUGAUGGUUUUGGAACCCUGUUUGUGCAUAUCAUCGGGGUUUGGUUGUACUUCAACUGUAUUUACAAUAUCAAACCACAUUUUUUUUUUA